CAAGUCAUUAUCUUCACCUAAAAAAGAAAACAUUUCGAGAUUCUUUCAAAAAUUAUUUAACGAUGAACUUUAUGAGAUUUAUAGACAGCUCUGUGAUCAUCUGUCAUUCUCACUUUCUCAACCGUUCCUUUUUUCGUUAUCAUUUUUUAACGAUGAAUUUUCUCGGAGACAGCGAUAAAAAAUUUGUCAUUCUAAUCAAAAUUGAUUCUUUGGAACGAGAUUUUCUAAGUAUUUGCUCUACAUCUCAGGUAGAACAAUCCGUUCUGGAUCCGAUGGGGACCUACCAUAAACGGCAGCCGGAUACGAUCCCAGAAUUUUUCUUCCGGAUUCUGAGCAUUUUCCGGGCGUUGCCAACCGGAAAAUAAUAGCUUUCCUGCGGGUUUUCGUUAGAUAUUACUGGAAUGCUGUUCCGGAAUCACCGUCCUGGGAUUGGAUGAUUUCUGUAUAGCAUAUCAUCUAUCAACCAUAAUUCAAAAUCAACACUAAUAAUGCAUUAAAAAUUCUUUGCAAUCUCCAGUGUAUACCAUCAUAGAAUUAGACAUUGCAUUGUGAGUCUUCAUUAUUGUACGAAAGACCCAUCGCCUUAUAUCACACUUUCCUUAUGUUCCAUAGUCAAUAAGAAGAAAUGCUUCAUUCGGAUCCAAAUAUUAAGGUACAAGAAAACUAUGAAUUUAACUAUCAUUUGAAACAGAGGUUGGACCAGUACAAGUACAUCAAGUACCAGUACAUUCACUUUUUACUCGGCGUGUAUACUUGAGUGCAUUUUACUCAGUACUUGUACUAAAGUACGAAUAUACUCAGUAUUUUCGUACUCGUAUCAAUGUAGCCAUUGGUAAAUAUUUAAUUAUUAAAUGCAAUCUGCCGUUGAAUCUGGUGGAAAAUCAGGGCUUUUGUGAUUUUAUGAAAGAGUGUAAUUUAAAAUGGGAUCCCAUAUCAACAAAACGAUUAAAACAAAAUGUUAUUCAUACAUUCUCGUCCAAGGUUGAUGCAAUCAUUCAUCAAACAUUGAAUGGUGUUGAUCAUGUAACAUUAACCGUGAAUGGUUGGUCCGACAGAAGGUGUCGAUCAUUUUUGGGGGUGACAUGUCAUUUUAUUGUCAACAAAAUGCAGCCACGAUCACAUUUAAUCGAUUUUGUUCGAUUGAAAUCACCACACACGGGGGAAAACAUUCAGCAAUUGACUGAACGUAUUCUCGAUCGAUUUAAUAAAAAAGAAAAAGUUUAUCGUAUUGUCACAGACAACGCAUCGUCAAUGAUAAAAGCAUAUCAAUUUGGUUUGUCCGUUGAAGACGAUGCUGAUGAUUCGGACAUUAGUCUUCUUGAUGAUGAUUCAGAUGAACUAUCAAUUACCCACGAGAAAAUUUUUUUAGUAAAACCGCUGAUAUUAGCGGUUUUUUAA